CAUCAGCACUAUUGCCGCAAGGAAGAUAUGGAUAAAACCGUAUUAUGUGAAAGCCUCAUAAUUUGGCUGCAGACAUUCAAUACAGCAGCACCAUGUAAGACGGUGGAAGACUUGACUACAGGGGCAGCCAUGGCUCAGGCUCUCCAUCAGAUAGAUCCCUCAUGGUUCAGUGAGAACUGGCUGGGUCGGAUCAAAGAGGAUGUUGGUGAUAACUGGAGACUGAAGAUGAACAACCUCAAAAAGAUCCUUCAGAUGAUUGUGGAUUAUUAUAAUGAGGUGCUUGCCCAGCAGAUUUCAAAUUUUCCACUCCCCGAUCCGGCUCGAGUAGCAGAGCAUUCAGACCCUGUGGAGCUAGGGCGCCUCCUACAGCUCAUUUUGGGAUGUGCCGUCAAAUGUGAUCGAAAACAAGAGUACAUUCAGGUUAUCAUGACUCUGGAGGAGUCUGUACAACAUGUGGUGAUGACUGCAAUCCAAGAGCUUAUGAGCAAAGAGACCAUGUCCCAGUUUGGAGCUGAGCCUCUCGGGGAUGUUGAACAACAGUUGAAGAAAGCUCUGGAGGAUCUGGCUGAACUGGUGGCAGAGAAGCAGGAACUGGCACAGAGGUGUCAAGAGUUGGACAUUCAGGUGGCUAUGCUUCAGGAAGAGCGGAACAGCCUCCUAGCAGAGAAUGAUGUUCUGACGGAUCGAGCCAGUCAGCUCGACUCGUUUGACGACCCGAGCACUCCAUCAGGGAAGAAGCACAACCAGCUACAGCUACAGCUGGAGCAGCUUCAGGAAGAGAACUUCAGACUUGAGGCAGCUAAAGAUGACUAUCGUAUUCACUGUGAGGAGCUGGAGAAGCAGCUGGUGGAGAUUCAGCAUCGAAACGAUGAGCUCACCAGCUUGGCCGAGGAGUCACGUGCACUGAAGGAUGAACUAGACAUACUGAGGAGCUGCUCUGACAGGGCAGUGAAACUAGAAGCUUCUGUGGAGACAUACAGGAAGAAACUUGAGGAUUUGAGUGACUUGAGGCGGCAAGUGAAAAUCCUGGAGGAGAAGAACAUGACCUACAUGCAAAACACUGUCAGCCUGGAGGAGGAGUUACGCAAGGCCAACGCUGCUCGAGCCCAGCUGGAAACAUACAAAAGACAGAUUCAGGAACUUCAUAAGAAGUUGUCUGAUGAGUCUCGCAGAGCAGAUAACCUUGCUUUUGAGAUGAAGAAGUUUGAGGAGAAAUAUGAAACUUUGCUGAAAGAAAAAGAGAGGGUCAUUAUUGAGCGAGACUCUCUGAAAGAGACCAAUGAGGAGCUGCUAUGUGCACAAGCUCAGCAGGACCAGCUUUUGCAAGCAGGUAUGUUUCAGAGUGGGAGUCCUAGCCACGAUAACUUGGCAGCUGAAAUGUUGCCGGUUGAAUUCAGGGAGAAGUUUAUCAGGCUACAGCAUGAGAAUAAAAUGCUGCGUGUGCAGCAGGAGGGCUCAGUGAACGAACGCAUCGCCGAACUCCAGACUCAGCUGGAAGAGGCACACCGUGCACGCAGCAAACUGGACACAGAGAACAGGCUGAACCGGGAGCGGAUAAGCGAGCUCCAGCAGCAGGUGGAGGAUCUCCAGAAAGCCCUACAGGGACAGGGGGCCAAACCAGAGGACUCUCAUCUGAAGAGGAAGCUCGAUGCGCAUAUGGUGCAGCUGAACGAGGCCCAGGACGAGAUCAUGAAAAAGAAGGAGCUGCUGGAGGAUCUGCAGCCCGAUGCCACACAAACCUCUCUGAAACUGGACGAGCUGACGGCAGCCUUGAAGAAGAAAGACGAUGACAUGAGGGCGAUGGAAGAGCGAUACAAAAUGUACCUGGAAAAAGCACGCAAUGUCAUCCGAGCCCUGGACCCUAAACUAAACCCUGCGUCGGCCGAGAUCCAGGCGCUGAAGAAUCAGCUGGCAGAGAAGGAGAAGAGAAUCAUCAGUCUGGAGAGAGAAUGUGAGCAAGCUAAACUGAGGGAGUAUGAGGAGAAGUUGAUUGUGACGGCAUGGUACAAUAAGAGUCUGAACUUCCAGAAGUUGGCCAUCGAGUCUCGGCUCGGUGGCCGGGCGAAUUCUUUGGUCCCGCCUGGUCAGUCCUUUCUUGCUCAGCAGAGGCAGGUGACCAACGCACGGCGGACAAUGUCAGUCAACGUGCCUGCCGCAAGCUCCAAGUGAACGACUCCUUCCUCUCUCCUCCUUUCUUCACUCCUUCUCUCUUACUCAAGUCCGCACUUAAGUGACCUUAAGCACACUGCUAUCUGUGCCGCAGUGGACACACACACACACACACACACACACACACACACGCAUGCAUGCGAUGAUGUGAACAUCAGCACUUACA